AUGUCCUCGGAAGCGAUGCUACUACAACAUCUCUUCAAUUUGGACCAUAAGUCGACUUAUCUCAGCAUCGCUCUCGUUCUUACCAUCAUCUCAGGCUUAUUGCUAUCAUGGCGGAUGAAGUUCAAGCCUUUGGAGAAGCUCAAAGUCGAAGCUCUGUAUAUCUACCCUGUCAAAGGCCUCCGAGGAUGCUCAUUACCCAAGGCGACCGUCGGUCAAUACGGAUUCGAAGGGGACCGCACAUUUUGUCUUCAGAAGGUCGAGCACGACUACACCGGAACGGGCUCGGACUCGAAGAGCCCGAAAUACGAGACCAUGUAUAUUGGAUAUCACCUCCGACUGGCCCUGUUCUCAACGUGCCUCGAGAUCGAAGGAGACGAGAGGAGAGCCUCGAAUAUACUAGUGACCUGGACCGGUAGUGGAGACGGCACUGGUAGCGACUCAGGAAAUUUCUCAGGACCGGACUCCGACAAUCAAACACAGAACCAGACCAGAUUUCCCGUGAAGCCAGAUCUGACCGCUCUCAAGACCAUCGAGGUCAGUCUGCACGGCAGUCCGACGCUGGCUUACGACAUGGGCGACGAACAGGCAUCUUUCUUCUCACGCCACUUAGGAUUCGAUGUACGCUUGACAUAUAUCGGCCCCAAUUCCCGAGCGGUACUGGGUUCAAUCGCACCACAUAGCAAAGAUGCCAUUCCGGAAUCGUCAUGGCCAUGGCGUUUCAUCCGUGCCCGACUUCCUUCUUUCAUCAACGCCAGGAUCCUGCCUGCCGAAAGAUUGGUGUUUAACGACAUUGCGCAUUACCUGGUCGUGACCAAGGAGUCGAACGACCAGGUAUCGUCCCGCUUCGCGAAUGGCCAAGUGAUGGACGUGACCAAGUUCAGGCCGAACAUCGUGGUCUCUGGGAGUUCGGGGCCCUUCGCGGAAGAUUAUUGGGCCGAGUUGACGUUUACUGUCAGUGACAAUACUCGCGUUAAGAUGCCAUUGACUGCCAAUUGCUAUAGAUGCCAGAGUAUCACUGUCGACUAUGCCACGGGCAAGCCGUGUGAAGGUGAUCAAGGGCAGGUGUGGAAGAAACUCAAUAAAGAUCGAAGAGUCGAUAAGGGUGCAAAAUAUAGUCCUGUCUUUGGGAGGUAUGGAUUCUGCUCGACUCCCACUGAUCUGGGUAAGGCGAUACAUGUCGGCGCCGAGGCGUUCGUGACAAAGUGCAAUGCCGAGCAUACUGUCUUUGAUUGGCCCAACCUGACGUCGUUUGGGACAUCACAACAAAAGGUGGUGUGA